CAUCUCUUUGCUCAAACCCACAACAACAUUUCUGCACUGCUGGCUUCAGCUGCACCACCGUCAUGCCAUCUCAACUCUACAGAAGUUCUCUUCCGGCCAACCUCCUCUGGCUACUGGUAUUUCUCUCUCCUUUUCUUGUUCUUGUAACAGCAACUUCACUAGGGUCCCAGGCGAGGGCUCUAUUACACUGGAAGUCCACCCUCCAAGGUGGGCAAUUGCUGGCAUCCUGGAACAUCGACUCUCGUCCUUGCAACUGGACUGGGGUUGCAUGCAGCGUCACACGUAAGGGCCGCUUUGUCAUCACCGACGUGCAUCUGCCAGAUAUGAGCUUAGCAGGGCCACUUGAUGCAUUUAAUUUUUCGGCGUUGGGAUCGCUCGCCAAUCUCAACCUCAGUUGCAACCGGCUCAAUGGAACUAUUCCCCCUGCCAUCGCCACCCUCUCGCAGCUGGUAACGCUUGAUCUCACUGGCAACCUGUUCGUGGGCAGAAUCCCGAUCGAGAUGGGCUCAAUGAAGGGGCUCCAAUUCUUAAGCCUGAGUCAAAAUCAAAUAAUGAGUUCAGUACCUCCAUCGUUGAGUAACCUUAGUGGCCUUACGCACUUGGACCUGGGACAAAAUAAGCUUAGGGGUGUCAUCCCCAGGGAGCUGGGGAGACUCGAGAAGUUAAGAUUUUUGGAACUUGGGGACAACCAACUAUCUGGCUCCAUUCCUCCCAGUUUAGGGAACCUGACAAGACUGUAUCACUUGGCUCUUGAUCAAAAUCAGUUAAUUGGAUCCAUCCCUCCACAAUUAGGAGAUUUAAGAGAAUUGGUUUACUUUUCACUCUUUAAUAAUAGUCUAACUGGUACCCUUCUUUCCAUCUUGGGAAACCUAACCAAGUUACAGUAUUUAUUCUUGUGGAGAAAUCAUCUUUCGGGUUUCAUCCCUCUUGAAAUUGGAAAUCUAAUUGAGGUUUCAAAUCUUGAUCUCUCGAGUAAUAUAUUAACAAGUCCUAUCCCUUCCACCAUAGGAAACAUGAGUAACUUGAACAUUCUUCAUCUUUUUGAUAAUGAGUUAUCGGGCUCUAUUCCUCCUCAGAUUGGAAAUCUCGUAAAGAUUACCAAUCUCUCUCUCCAAAUGAACAUGUUAGGAGGUCACAUCCCUUUUUCAUUAUGCAAUUUAACCAAACUGCAGUCUUUGUUUCUAUGGAAAAAUCAACUUUCUGGUUCUAUCCCUCCUCAUAUUGGAAAUCUAAUUGAUGUUUUCAAUCUUGACCUCUCGAGCAAUAUGUUAACAGGUUCUAUCCCUUUCUCUUUGGGAAAUAUGAGCAAGUUGAAUCUCCUUCAUCUUUCUGAGAAUAAAUUGUCAGGCUCUAUACCUCCAUCUCUUGGAAACUUAAGGAACCUUACCGACCUUCGUUUAUUCAUAAAUAGACUAUCUGGAUCAUUACCUCCGGAGAUGAACAACAUCAUACGUUUGACAACGCUUGAAUUGUCAAACAACAACUUCUCUGGUUAUUUGCCUGCAAACAUAUGCAAAGAAGGAGCCCUAUCGUACCUCACGGUGAGCAACAACAGUUUCCAAGGUCCUAUCCCCAUGACCUUAAAGAAUUGUACGGGAUUAAGCAGGCUCUACCUUCAUCAUAACCAACUCACAGGAGAUAUAUCUCAGUAUUUGGGAGUUUAUCCGCAUCUUUGGUAUGUGGAUCUCAGCUUCAAUAGAUUGUCUGGUACACUCUCACCCGACUGGGGAAGAUGGUACAACUUGACAUGCCUAAGAAUCUCAAAUAACAACAUCACCGGAGCGAUACGGCCAGAGUUUGGGCACUUGUCGAACCUUAAAAAACUGGACCUUUCCUCGAACCACCUGCAAGGAGAGAUCCCAAAGAGCUUGGGAAACCUGGCUCAUCUUUAUAACCUGAGCCUGAGCAACAAUCGACUUGUUGGAGAGGUACCAAUAGAGUUGGGAAGGAUGUCAAAUCUUCUACUUCUUGAUUUGUCGAGAAACGGAUUGACAGGAAGGAUACCGUAUCAAAUCGGCAACUGCAUGAAACUCCAACUUCUGAAGCUGAACAACAACAAUCUCAGUGGAAGCAUCCCUUUGGAGAUCGGCAAUCUGGUGUGCCUUCAAGAAGCACUCGACCUCAGCCACAACUCACUGACAGGGGAGAUACCGUCGCAACUCGGCAAGUUGUCGAUGUUGCAGUAUUUGAAUCUGUCGCAGAAUGGCUUCACCGGUGGCCUUCCAUCAUCUUUGAAGGACAUGGUUAGCUUGUCCAUCAUAGAUGUAUCACACAACGAAUUGGAGGGGCCUGUGCCUGAUAGCCCGUUUUUCCGUAAAGCUCCACUGGAGUGGUUCCUCCACAACAAAGGCUUGUGCGGGGUCGUCAAAGGCUUGCCUCCAUGUGUUUCAUCCGCUACGAGAAGAAAUGAUGAAAGCAAGCACCACAAAGUAGUCGUUAUCUUAGCUAUCACUGCUUCCAUGGUCUUCGUUCUUCUAUCACUCAUGAUCGUUGGAGCUGCCUUGCAAUUCCGAAAGAGGAAGAAACAGUCGCUACCUGCUCAAGAUAACGGCAACAGAGAAGGUGCAUUCUGCAUACUGAGUUUUGACGGAAGAUACGCGUACAAGGACAUCAUUGAAGCCACAGAAGAUUUCAACGACAAAUACUGUAUCGGAACCGGUGCUUGUGGCAGUGUUUAUAGAGCCGAAUUAACUAGCGGCAAGGUGCUAGCAGUGAAGAAAAUUCACCUACAGGAGAUCGAGAAUACAUCGAAUGAGACACCCUUUCAAAACGAAAUACAAACACUCACUCGAAUUCGGCAUCGGAACAUCGUCAAGCUCUACGGAUUCUGCUCCUCUACUCGGCACAAGUUUCUGGUGUACGAGUAUAUGGAGAGAGGAAGUCUGGGAUCCAUCCUCAGAAGCGAAGCUGCAGCAGCUGAACUGGACUGGGUGAAGAGGGUGGAUGUUGUCAAGGAUGUGGCUCGUGCUCUCUCCUACAUGCAUCAUGAUUGCGACCAACCCAUCGUUCAUCGGGAUAUAACCAGCAACAAUAUUCUGCUCGAUUCAGAAUUCAAGGCUUGUGUUUCUGACUUCGGCAUCGCUCGACUCCUGCAGCCGGAUUCAUCGAAUUGGAGCAUGAUUGCUGGGACGCAUGGUUACUUAGCACCUGAGCUUGCUUACAGAAUGAGUGUGACUACCCAAUGCGAUGUGUACAGUUUCGGAGUGGUCACGCUUGAGUUGCUGAUGGGAACUUAUCCGGGAGAGUUCAUCUCUGUUCUUCCUUCUUCCGCCGCCCAAAGCAGCUCUGUGAAAACUAUAUUAGACCAGCGCGUACCGCUUCCUACUGCCGAAGCUGCGGACGAAGUGGUUGCAGUGUUAAGGUUGGCAAUUCGCUGCGUGGACGACAACCCAGAAUCCCGGCCAACGAUGAAGCACAUCUUCUACAAGUUGUCGACACCGAAGACGCACCGAAACCUCCCAUCUCUUGAUUCCUUGAAGCUUUCAGACUUGAGGAAUGGAGAAAUAUGAUCGAUCCAGUGGACGUCUCUUCCAUCGGUUGCGUCUCAUACUGACGUCUUAAACGUUUGAUCUUUCUCGUCAUCGUUAUGUAGUCGAGCAUCAUUUUGCUUGACUUAUCCUACUGUUUUGUCCAUUACAUUUGAUGUCGUAAUAGAUUUAGCUUUGUCGAUGUAAAAAACCCUACCCAGGAAAAUUGGAGAUGCUACAACCUUGCAAUCCUCCAGGUUUUCAUGUACCAAUGUACUGCCUGAAUCAAAAUAAAUAAGAAUAAUUUUUACGUAA